AUGACUUCUGUAACAUCGAAGACUUGGAUAAUCUUGAAUUCAUUCUAUACAAGAGCAUUCGAAUUCUUUGAUAAGAUCAGUCGAAUAAAUAACAAAUUAGAAUUGAUUCUGAAAUUUAUUUCGAGACUUAAAACACUUUUCAGGUACACAAUUUCUGUCGGCUUUGGAACAAUGGACACACAAAAGUUCCUUCUUUGUGAUUCUGACAUUUCGUUUUUGGUGCAAUUUACCUGA